AUGCCCUCGCAUGCGGCCGACACCAGCGACCACGCCCCCUUCCCGACGCAGCACUCGCCCUUUGGCCUGCCGCUGCGCACCUCGUCGGACAGGGCGCCUGCGGGGCGAGAGAACGGCGAGCGGCGCGCGAACGGCAGCGCCGCCAAGGUGAACGGCAGCCUGCCCAAUGGCGCCGCCGUGAUGCAGUCGGUGCCAAACGGCCGCCCUGCCAAGCCGUCGAGCAGGACGUCGCACGACGAGGGCCCCGACCAGCGCGACGACGGCUACUUUGCCUCGGUCUACAGCGCCGACACGCAGGUCGAGGAGCACUGCGGCACCACAAAGGUCAAGAUGGGCGCCAUGUCGGCGCUGGACGGCACCAAGGAGGCCCGCAAGGACUUCGCCCACGCCCAUGCAGCCUCCCCUGGCGACGCGACCCCCGGCCUGCAGGUGCCCAGCUCGGUGCAGCAGCGCGUCUCGGCCCCGCCUGCCUUCAACCAGGCCCCCACAUCGCCAGCGCCGAACCCCUACCGCCUGCAGCAGCGCCACACGCUCGAGGUGCCCAAGCUCUCCACGUCACGCACCCGCGACACGCAGAACAACACCGACGACGUCGUCACGGCCAGCGGCAGGUUCUCGCCCACGUCCCGCCACCGGAAGGGCUCCAUGAGCCUCGUGCGCCGCAACACGCGCUCCGUCAACUCGGACGUGCACCUCGACGAAGUGCCCCAGGACGAGGAUGCCGCGCGCUGGGCCGAGCACAUCCGCAACAAGCGCGCCAGCAAGCGGAAGCGCAAGGAAGACGAGGACGAGGACCGCGUCGUGGUUGGCACAAAGGUCGACCAGCACCACGUCAACUGGGUCACGGCCUACAACAUGCUGACGGGCAUCCGCUUCACCGUCUCGCGCACAAACGCCAAGAUGGACCGCGACCUGACUGAUGCCGACUUUGACGCAAAGCACAAGUUUUCGUUUGACAUGUACGUCCCACAUGGUUUUCCUUUAAUGGUCAAGAAUCUGUUGAGUUUCGAUUUCGCGUCGUGUGGCAGGCCUUACGACUUCAAGUUCAAGGACUACGCCCCCUGGGUCUUCCGCCAUCUCCGCAACACCUUCAAGCUGGAUCCUGCCGACUACCUCGUAUCCCUAACAAGCAAGUACAUUCUCUCCGAGCUCGGCUCACCCGGAAAGAGUGGCAGCUUUUUCUAUUUCUCCCGUGACUACAAGUACAUUAUCAAGACCAUUCAUCACGCCGAACACAAGUUCCUCCGCAAGAUACUGAAGGACUACUACAACCACGUUCAGGACAACCCAAACACUCUUCUUUCGCAGUUUUACGGUCUACAUCGAGUAAAGAUACCCUAUGGACGCAAGAUCCAUUUCGUCGUAAUGAAUAACCUGUUUCCCCCGCAUCGAGAUAUCCACACCACUUUCGAUCUCAAAGGCUCGACAAUUGGCCGAGACUUCAAGGAAGAAGGGUUGGCAUCGAACCCGCGUGCGACCUUGAAGGACCUGAACUGGCUGCGAAGGAACCUGCAACUGGAAUUCGGGCCGACGAAAAAGUCGGCUUUUAUCGAGCAGAUGCAAAGAGACGUGAAGCUUUUGCAGCGACUGCACAUCAUGGACUACUCGCUCCUCGUUGGUGUACACGAUCUGGAAAAGGGCAACGAGGAGAACCUCCGUGACAAGACGCUGCAGGUAUUCCAGCCGGGUGGUGACACCGUCGAAGACCCGCAACCUGGCACACUCAUGCGAACGCCAUCGAAGCUGGAGAGCGCACGAAAGGCAAGAGAGUUGAGACAAAUGGUCAAGACGCAAAAGCCAGUGCCCAUGGAUGCGACCUCAUUCAAGAUGCCAGACGAGAUGGCGGAUCCUAAGAAGAACUUCUACUUUUACUCGGAUGACGGUGGCUUCCAAGCCACACAUGAGGACAACACCCCUGCGGAGGAGGUAUACUAUCUUGGCAUCAUCGACUGCCUGACACAUUACUCUUUUAUCAAACGCGCAGAACAUUUCUUCAAGGGUCUGACAAACACCGAGUCGCAGAUAUCCGCCAUACCCCCUGAGCGCUACGGUGACCGCUUCAUCAAGUUCAUCAGUGGUAAUACCAAAAGCCGGGAGCUAGCUGAACGGGAGAAGAACAACGAGGUUCCACGCGACAACAACAGCUUCAUGGAGAAGGCAGAGCACCAAGUUGACCGUUCGAGACAACAUGGACACACCGAGGCGAACGUACCGAACCGUGAGAUGAGAGCCGUCCGCAGCCCAUCCGCCGAACGAGGAGAAAUAGGCACCAUCCUCCCCAUUGUCGAGGAAGCAGGCGAGUCGUCGAGCGUCGGCGGGCGCAGCAAUCGCAGCACAGAGGGCAGUGGUCACAUGUAUGAGAGGACCCAUGCCACUCCACCGCCGCCGUUGCAGGAAUACGAUCUCAGCUCGUUGCAACCCCUGCCCCGAUCAAGAGAACAAUCGCACGGCCGGCCUCCACCAACGCCACCAAAAGACUCCGGCACUGCGAGUGAGGAGCGUCCGCCUACGCCUGCGAAAGACGACGCGUACCGCCAGAGACUUUCGGGGCCGCCUACGCCGCCCAAGGAGCUAAGGGGAAGGAGUCCCGCCCGUAACAAGGAGCUGCCGCGCACGCCGCUGGAAACCACGAUCCGCGUGAACUGA